CUUAAAUCCAUAAUAACCAUCAUGGAUAUCCAACCUAAACUCAUUAUCUUCCUGCUCGCGGCUCUAGUAAUUGCCAGCGAAUCCUUCCGACGCUAUGUCAAGCGCCGCCAAUUCGCCCGCCAGCAUGGCUGCAAAACAGUCGCACAAUCCUUCAGCAAAGACCCGUUCCUAGGCUUGGACACCAUCUUGAGCACAAUACGCACAAGGAAAGAGCACCGUAUUCUUGAGCGAGGCUGUAAUCUAUUCCGCACAUUCGGAAACACAUUCACCGUCAAAGAACUAGGCCGUAGUGCAAUCUUGACCAUCGAGCCCGAAAACAUCAAGACAGUCCUCUCCCUCAACUUCAACGACUACAGUCUCAAGCACCGCUACGAGGCAAUGAAGCCACUUCUGGGCGAAGGCAUCUUCAACACGGAUGGUCAGCACUGGGCCACAUCUCGCGCGCUUAUCAGGCCGAGCUUCGCCCGCGAGCAGGUGACUGAUCUGCGUUUGCUGGAAGAGUUAAUCCAGGAUUUAUUCGCGUUGCUUCCAAGGGAUGGGAGCACGGUGGACCUACAGGAACUAUUCUUCCGGUAUACGAUUGACUCCGCGACGGAAUUCCUGUUCGGACAGUCGGUGGGCGCGUUGAAAGAGGGUCACUCGGAGGCUGGGUUCGCGGAGGCGUUUCAUUAUGCUCAGAUGGCGAUCCCGAUGCGAGGAAUGCUAGGUCCGCUUGGUGUCAUCUUUCGUGAUCGGAAGGCCGAGGAGUGUAACCGAAUCUGUCGGGACUUUGUGCAAAGGUUUGUUGAUGAGGCUGUCUAUGCGGCUGCGACGAGGAAAGAAGAUGAAUCGUUGGACACGAAGCGGAAGUAUAUUUUCUCGCAUGAGCUGGCGUCGCGGACUUGUGAUAAGCAGCGCAUCCUGGACGAACUGAUGAAUGUGCUUCUAGCGGGGCGAGACACGACGGCCAGUCUUCUUGGGAAUAUGUUCUUCGUGCUGGCGAAGAACCCAGCUAUUUGGGCGAAACUGCGCGCGGAGGUUGAAACGCUGCAAGAUCGGCCACCGACGUAUGAGGAGCUGCGCGGUCUGAAGUAUGUUCAGUGCUGUGUGAAUGAAUCAUUGCGCCUUCACCCUGUCGUCCCACGCAACGAACGCGAAGCAGCCAAAGAUACUGUCCUCCCUGUAGGCGGAGGCAAAGACGGCCUUUCCCCCGUCUUCGUCUCCAAAGGAACCAUCGUCGGCUACAACGUCUACGCCAUGCAUCGUCGACCGGAUAUCUACGGUCCAGAUGCAGAGGUAUUUCGCCCUGAACGCUGGGAGGAUGGGAAACUGCAGCCGCGCUGGGGCUAUUUGCCGUUCAAUGGCGGACCACGGAUCUGUAUUGGUCAGCGCUAUGCCUUGACGGAGGUCAGCUAUGUACUUGUGCGGAUGGUGCAGGAGUUCCGCGGCCUGGAGAGUCGGGACCCUGGACCAUGGGUGGAGGGAUUGGGGCUCACGCUUUGUUCGAGGAAUGGGGCGAGGGUUGGGCUGAUUCCAUGACAUGCACAUUAAUCUAAAUGGAUAGUAAUAAGAUGAGAU